GUUAGGUUUUGACAUCUCCAUUUGACAUUUGUGUACAUUUUAAUACAUUGUACGUUGUUAAAUCUCAAGCCACAAUUAUUAAAUUAUUUAAAUAAUGGCAACUCCACACAGAGAAACGAUUCAAAAACAGAUACAACAAGAUUGGGCAAAUAGAGAAUAUAUUGAUGUUAUUACAGUUAGCAUUAAAAAGAUUACUGAUUUUCUAAAUUCCUUUGAUUUAUCGUGCAGAUCAAAAUUGGCUGUUCUAAAUGAGAAAUUGACCACACUCGAAAGGAAAAUUGAUUAUUUAGAAGCUUGUGUCACCAAAGGAGAAACAUUAAUGUAAAAAAAAGUAUUUAUA